AUUUCAAGUUCAAUUUAACUAUCCUCCUUAUUGUGCUCUGUUUUCCGAAUUAUACAUGUGGUUUCUUCGGUCCAAAUGUGCCAGUCUGUGACGUAGAACAAUUUUGGGGAAACUGUAACAAAGAUGCCCUAUGUCUGUGCUACACUGGAUUGUGGUAUUCUUCAACUGUUUCUUCUAUAAGCGAAAUUAUGUCUACGGUGAAUUCCUUUUAUAACGUAUGCACAUGUAUUAGUGGAAGCCCAAUUCAAAAGUGUAUUAACCCGCACGUACAUCAGAAAGUUGUUUCGUUGCUUUCAAGCGGGGGAAAGAUGGCACUAUCAGAUGAUCAAAGUUGCACGGCGUUAGUUGCAGAGGAUCCAACAACAUCGCUAUCACCAACGUCAGAAUCAGCCACAACAUCAACAACAGUAACCACAAAUGCUAUCCCUAGUUCCACGGUGACGUCAGUGGAAGAUCAAACACCAACCGCUAUGUGCCCCUGUUCCUGUGACUACAUGGACAAAAUCGUGUACUGGAGAAAUGAGACAAACCAGCUGAGACAAUACUUUGAACUGAGUGAAAGGUUGGCUCAACACAAGCGCCUCCUCAGCGUCAACACAAAGAAUCUCUCCUCCACAAUGAACAAGAAGAUCAGCGCUGACGACGAGCGGCCGACAGCCUCCGUGACAGGUUACGUGGGAGCUGUCUUUAUUGCCUUAUUUCUUGUUGGAAUGGCCCUGGCUGAUGCUCCUGUAUUGAUUCGGCAGACUUCUAAACUCCUCAAAGACAUCAGAAAACUGUGUGCUCGAAAAUGAGUUACACUGCUCUGUCCUUUUUAUCAAAUUAUAAAAAGAUGUUAAUGAGAAACAAGACUUUCUGAUAAACGUGAUGACUUCGACUUUCCUAUCGUCAAAUUCCCUUCCCUUUGUAGUAAUACAUCUUGAUCACUUUAAUAUAGGGUUUAUAUCAGUUUUUAAGAAGAGGCAAGUUAUUAACAAACAA